CUUCUUACGGCCCUGGAAGCAAACGAGCAUUUCAGGUUGGCCUGUAGUUCGAAGACCUUGGGUCAUCUUCAUUGAUAAAGCUCUGCCCGAAAAGUUACUGAGAUGGACCCUUUUCGUUAACUGGGCGGCAAAAUUGAUCUGUCGUUUGUUCUGGAGUCUCAAGUUACAAAGAGGGUUUUGACUGCGACAAGUACUCCACUCAGGACCGUUAAGGAGGCUCAUAGAUAUUUGUGUUUCCCGUCGCGUAAGGAUGUUGGCACCGUGCAUGGAGAGAUUCGCAAUCACAAAGUCUUUUGGCAUUGGCAUUGCAAACUUUGGAUUUGGAGUAACCGAAGACGGAGUUGAUGAUGAUCCUUUCUAUGAAGAUCAAAUUGUACAGGAGCUUGAGCUUUACACUCAGGUGGAGACUGUCGGUGACUUUACAGUUACCAUUCAGGAGAAAUCUCCUGACAGAAAGAAAGUUGCUUCCUUGAUUACAUUCCAUGACAUUGGUUUGAAUCACAGCAGCUUCAAAGAAUUUUUCCAUCAUGAGGAUAAUUUACAACUGUGGGAUAAAUUCAAAAUAUAUCAUAUUGAUGCACCGGGACAACAACAUGGGGCUGAGAAGUUUUCACCACAAUACCAGUUUCCUAGUUUGCCGAAUAUUGCAAAAAUGCUUGUUACAGUUCUUGAGCAUUACAACCUGAGAAACGAUGUUAUUGGUUUUGGAGUUGGGGCUGGAGCAAAUGUAUUGCUUUAUCUGGCUAUGGAGAAGCCAGAGUGGAUCACUGGACUUAUAUUAGUUGACCCUGCGGGAAAAAGCGCGGGAUUUAGAGAAUGGGGAGAAGAAAAGCUUGCCUCUUGGCAUUUGGAGACGAAGGGAUUUACAAGUGCUUCAGAGAAGUUCUUGAUUUGGCAUCAUUUUGGCAAUAAAGCCAAAAAGGUGAAUAUGGAAAAGGUGGAUCAAUACAUUAAGGAGGUGGCAAAUAGUCAAAAUCCGCACAAUAUGGCUCAGUUUGUGAGAGCAUACAUGAGCCGCCAGGAAAUGUAUACAGAUGUGUCUAAGAAGAUAAGCUGCAGUGUCUUAAUUUUGACGAGUGAGCAUUCACCAUACAAAGAAGAAGCGAAUCGCCUGUUUUCUGUGCUCCCAAAACAGAAGGCAAACAUCAUGGAAGCCUUGGAUUCAGUGAAUGUGUUCUUUGAAGAUCCAAGCAAAUGCGGUGAAGGAAUGCUCUUGCUGAUGCAGGGAUGCCAUCUUGUUCCUACACUGCGUACGCGAACAGCCUCAAAAAGCGGCCCAGUAAGAGCUCCAUCGAUGAGCGAAGACUACUAGUCUGCCAGUUGAAAUGAGGUAUGAAGCUGCCUUGGAGAAUGUGUGAGGACAUGAUCAAUGAGUGAACGACUAAAGAGAUUGCCAAGAACUUCUGUUCUCUGAAAUUUUAUCCAAGAAUUUUACCCGUUCUUAAUUUAUCUUGUUUGCUGCAUUCCAACUUAAAACCUUUAUUAUGCAUUUAUUGUUUAUGCAUUUGUUUUUAUCAAAUUAUUCCUGUUCUGUUUUAUAUGAUACCGGCAAAGUAUCUUAAAAGUUCCAAUUUCUACGGCACUAUUAGCAGAUUUUCUAAACCCGAGUUGAGAUCAACUGACUAGUAAAAUAACUUUCAUUUUUGGCAAUUAUAAGCACUAAAUCUUUUACCGUUUUCUCUUUUUUAAUUCUAUCUGUACAGUUUUGCCUCCUAAAAAAAUGCUAAAACGACCCGUUUUAUCCCUUGUACAUAAGUAAUUGCAACUCCUUAUCAUCGUUGUGUAGAAUUUAUCAAAAUAUGAAGGGAAUAAUCGAAAGCGGUUCGACACCCAGCCAAAGUAGAUUCAUAACACUCAGUGUAACUAUUGCCCGGCCUGAAAACGCAUUUGAAAUUCUUUUGCCUACAGUUCAUAAUUUUAAUUCGAACUGGAUUUUAAGAUACCAGUAAUAUAUAACGCAUUGUUGUCAAACCAUUCAGUUUUUGUUUUUCACCUUAAUUGAAUUUCAAAGUGUAUACGAUAAGAUUUAAAUCAAGUUGUAACAUUGAUUUGUUUCGAUAAUUUUUAUGACUAUUUCAUCGUGUGAAAGAGCGUUAAAUAUUAAGAUUUUAAGUGUGAAUUAGAAUCAAUUGUUUUACUUGAAACGCAAGAAAAAAUAGAAUUUCACAGAA